UCUGUAUGUUUAUUGUUUAUAUUUAUUUAAAUAAAUAUUUAAUUAAUUUUGUUACAUUUUAUAUUAUGUGAUGUGUUGAUAAUAUGAUGGCAGAUCCUCUAGUGUGUGGUGUUUCAUAAAUGUAUAAACAACAAUGUAGUGAAUUUUCAAAUAGACAAAACUCCCCAAAGAUGAACACCUCAUCAUGAAGAAACCUAAAAAAUCAUUCCUUUUGCACGCAUUCCUAUUCAUAAUCCUAAUAUGUUUAGUCUAUUUUGCCUUCAUUACUAUAAAUCUUAAAAAUAAUCCACCUCCCACACCUUCCAGUGCCGUGUUCCACAGUUUCACCACUAAUGCCUCAACGAUAACAAAAAAUCUUGACUACAAUAUAUGGCUUAUAUUCACAAAGGUAUCCACCAAAUCUCCAUUGACUGUUAAGUUUGAAAAUCUCCUUUAUAGUUUGUUGAAUGUUUCCUCGGUGCUUCUAAAUUUUAAUAUUAUUGUUGAUGAAAAGUCCAAGAGUAUUGCUUUACUUAAGCUCACUGAAAUUAUGGUAAAAGCUAAUAAAAGCAUGAAUUAUAAAUUCUACGAUGUACAGGAUUGUGCUAGGAAAAUUACAGAUAUUUAUGAUGCUAUGAUGCCUUUCUUUAGCUCAAAGCCUGGUACAUAUUACAGUGAUGCACUCUUUUACAUAUCCCUAGGAUUAUACAGGGUAGCUCCUAUAAAGCAAAAGAGAGCCAUUUUAUUAGACUGUGAUCUUUAUUUUAAAAAAGAUGUUGCUUUGUUAUUUGAGGAGUUUCAAUGGUUCAAAUCUACUGCCUUUUUUGGCUUGGCCCCAGAACUAACUCCAGUCUACAAACACAUUCUGCACAUGUACAAACGCAAACAUAAAACCACUUUUGGUGAAUUUUACCAUCAACGACCAUUAAGUCCAAGCAGUCCUAACCAUCCUAAAGGUUUCCAAGGUUACAACAGUGGAGUGGUCUUAGUAGAUUUUGAAAAACAACGGAAUUCCACAGAAUUUUCUAAAAUAAUCACCAAAGAAAGUGUUAUAAAUAUGACAGAAAAAUAUAAGUUUAGGGGGCAUUUGGGAGAUCAAGAUUUUUAUACUUUAUUAGGCUAUGAGUAUCCUGAGCUUAUACAAACAUUAAAUUGCGGAUUCAAUAGGCAAUUGUGUACAUGGUGGAGGGAUCAUGGCUAUAGGGAAAUUUUCGAUUAUUAUUUUAAAUGUGAUCAUCCCAUUGUGGUUUUGCAUGGGAAUUGUAAUACUAGAAUACCCAUGGAUUAUGUUAAUCCUCAGAAAAAUCUCACCUUGUGAUAAAAAAAGCUUAAAAGAGGGCUAAAAUUUUUUGUACAUUAGUACACAUCUGAAUUAUGUUAAGAAAUCUUUCUGAGAAAUAAUAGGUAUGACUUUCACAGUUCUUCUGUAGAUCGAACAUUUGAAAAAUGUUACUUUUGCAGUCUGGACUGUGAAGUUUUUUAUGCAAAACAUAGGAAUUAUUGAAACAUUGAUUUUGCUUGUUUAACAAAAUAAAGUUCAAUUUAACUUUUUGUUAAAAUCCAUUAGUUUGAUUCGACGUCUGAUUACUUCUCUUUAAUCUGGCAAUACUCAAAACAAUUUGUGAAGGGUUUCGGCAAUAGGGCGAAUUUUAAUGUUUUAUUAGUAUUUAUUUUGAUUUCAUUGAUUCAGCACCUACGCAAAGUCUCUUUGCACACUUGUUAGGAACAUAAAUAAUACACACCUAAUUUUUUUUUUUUAAUAACCUCUAGUUAUAGAACAAUCCUUGCCAUUAGAAAUUAGCCAUUCACAAAUAAUUUCUCAACAAGUGCAAUUAGUAGUUUAAUAUUAUUAUCAACCCUUAGGGUUAUAGAUUUUAUUUUAUUUUUAUUUUUUUCAAUUUUUAUUAUAGUAUCAGUUUUAUUAGUUUACAAAUAUAUUUUAAUAUAAAUUUGAUGUUGUACUUAAUAAAUAUUAUUUUACUCACAAAAUUCCUAACAACGAUAAAUAUUGUUUUAAAAAAGUUAACACACAUUUUAACACUAAAAAAGUUUUAAAACAGCAAAAGAGUAAUAGUAAUUAUUAUUACGUAAUGUUUUUAAAGUUUGUAAGCUUGUCUCAUCAUCAAAUCAAAAUAACAGUCGUUAUCUAUUGAGGCGCUGAUUGCUGCAUAGUAGUUGAAGAAUUCUUCUUUGG